UUAAAAAAAAAAGGAAAAUAUUCACAAAAAUAGAAAUAAUUUAUUACUUAUCUCUUCUUUUUUCUCUUUACUUUCAGAUUUCAAUAAGAACAACGGCGACAUCGAAUCCAAAAUGCCGGCUUUUUCCAGAAACCGGAAUUCGUCGGCCCGGUUGUUGGCGGACAGCGCGGAGGCAGAGCGACGGCUGCGUGAGGCGGAGGAGCGAUUGAGGGAAGCCAUAGAGGAGCUCCAGAGGCGUCAGAGGAAGGUGGCGAGUGAUGAUGACGACCCGCCAUGCGACCACGCCGAUGACUCCUGCAUGGCCAAUGCCAUUGGCAAUCUUUGCCAAAGCUUUCUCCUUUCUUAUGGUGUUAGAGUAGGUAUCGGGAUUCUUCUUCGCGCUUUCAAGCUCGCCAGAGGACAGUCGUAUUCUUCGCUUCUUGAUCUCAAGCAACUUGUCUCAGAGAAAGAUUUGAUUGUGAGAGAGGAAGCAUGCCGCAUUGGUUUACUUUUUGGUGGCUUCACAGGAUCAUACCAUGCGCUUAGGUGUUUACUAAGAAAGCUGAGAAAGAAAGAGACGCCAGUGAAUGCAAUUUUAGCAGGUUCAAUUGCGGGGUUGUCUAUUUUGGCUUUGGAUGAUUCAAGCCGAAGGCGUACACUUGCACUGUAUCUUUUGGCUAGAGUAGCCCAGUGUGCUUAUAAUUCUGCAAAGUCAAAAAAUAAGUUUCACUUCUGGGGAAGCCAUUGGAGGCAUGGCGACUCUCUGCUCUUUGCUUUAGCAUGUGCCCAGGUUAUGUAUGCCUUUGUGAUGCGUCCUGAAAGCUUGCCAAAAUCAUAUCAAGAUUUCAUUCAGAAGACUGGUCCUGUUGCAGCUCCCGUAUAUAAAGCUGUAAGGGAAAACUGUAGAGGUGGUCCAGUGAAUGUAGCAUCUAUAUCAGCCUACUUAUAUAGCCGAGGGAAGUUCAAUAAUGUGAAGUUGAAAGAGUUCCCGUCUAUUAUUCCUUGUUCUGUUAUUCAUCCAGGCACAAAUUCUUGUCUAGCCCACAAUGCUCAGGCAGCAUCGGCUACAUUCAAGAAAACAUUUCCUCUAUACUUCUCUUUGACAUUUGUGCCAUUUGUUGUUCUGCACUUACAAAAGUUUAUGGAGACCCCUGCUCGUACUUGUUGGCUUGCUGUUAAAGGUGCUGUUCGAUCAACAUCUUUCUUGUCUGCAUUUGUUGGAAUUUUUCAGGCAGUUAUAUGCAUGCAUAGGAAGAUUGCAUCAAAAGACCACAAGUUGGUAUAUUGGGUUGCUGGUGCUUUAUCAGGCCUUUCUGUAUUACUGGAGAAAAAAGCUAGACGCAGUGAACUUGCUUUAUAUGUUCUUCCACGAGCUGGAGAAUCAUUAUGGUAUAUUUUAGUGAACCGGCACCUGCUUCCUGAUGUUAAAAAUGCUGAGGUGGCCUUGUUUUGCGCAUGCAUGGGAGGAAUCAUGUACUACCUAGAAUAUGAGCCGGAUACCAUGGCCCCAUUCCUUAGAGGUCUAAUCCAUCGCUUCUUGGCCAGCAGAAUAAGCAAUCCUGGCCCUUUAUCUAAUCGGACAGUGUCCUACACCUACUUGCUGGCUCUCGAUGCCAUGAAGAAGCCAAAACUACAGGACAACCGAGAGGUUGAAACUUCAACUCCUAAAGAAUACAACCUUGAAUCCAUACAGGGGCUCUAAGCUUGUUUUCGUUGCUUAUCUUAUCACCCCUGAAAUUUCAGUCAACCACCCAUUCUUUGCAAUUUAUAUUCACUUUUUUGCUAAACGUAUUAGUAGACCAUUACACGGGGAUUAGAAAUGAUUCAAUGCCUCUUAAGGCAAAUAACUCAAAUAGAGGGAUUUAUUUCUGGUCCUAGUGUAGGAUCUCUCAAGACUUCAUGUGUACUCAGCACUUCCCCAUGGGAACAGCCAUUGUUGAUGAAGUGAGGAAGAAAUGAUAUGAUGAUUAAUGUAAAGAUUAUACGAAGGAUGUGCCUUUUGCCCUCUCUAUAUAACACCAGUUGCAGUCUAUUCCACGGUUCAUCUUGCUUAACGACCAAGGAUUUUUUUUUUUUUUAAGAAUUCUACACACCUGAAGGCUGAUUAUAAUGUUGAUU